AUGAGAGAGAUAGUUCACGUUCAGGCUGGCCAAUGCGGAAACCAGAUUGGCUCUAAAUUUUGGGAGGUUAUUUCCGACGAACACGGCAUUGAUCCAACUGGAACAUAUGUCGGUGAUUCAGAUCUGCAGCUGGAACGCAUCAACGUUUACUAUAAUGAAGCGAGCGGUGGUCGAUAUGUUCCUAGGGCAAUCCUCUUGGACUUGGAACCUGGAACGAUGGAUAGCGUUAGAGCCGGACCCUUCGGUCAGAUUUUCAGACCGGACAAUUUUGUAUUCGGCCAAAGCGGCGCAGGAAAUAAUUGGGCAAAAGGUCACUACACCGAAGGCGCGGAGUUAAUAGAUUCUGUGUUGGACGUAGUUCGCAAGGAAUCCGAAUCUUGCGAUUGCCUUCAAGGUUUCCAACUUACCCACUCCCUUGGUGGUGGUACUGGUUCUGGAAUGGGCACGCUUCUGAUUUCGAAAAUUCGAGAGGAGUAUCCGGACCGAAUUAUGAGCACAUUCUCCGUUGUGCCAUCACCUAAGGUUUCGGAUACCGUUGUUGAACCCUAUAAUGCAACAUUAUCAGUCCACCAGCUCGUUGAGAAUACAGACGAAACCUACUGCAUUGACAAUGAAGCACUUUACGACAUUUGCUUCAGAACACUCAAGCUGACUUCGCCCACAUACGGAGAUCUCAACCAUCUCGUCAGUGUAACGAUGUCUGGCGUCACCACUUGCCUCCGUUUUCCAGGCCAGCUAAACGCAGAUCUCCGUAAACUGGCGGUUAAUAUGGUACCAUUCCCACGCCUCCACUUCUUCAUGCCAGGAUUUGCCCCACUUACGAGUCGCGGCAGCCAGCAGUAUCGUUCUUUGACGGUUCCUGAACUAACCAUACAAAUGUUUGACGCAAAGAAUAUGAUGGCAGCUUGUGAUCCCCGCCAUGGUAAGUAUCUGACAGUUGCUGCAAUUUUCCGCGGUCGUAUGUCAAUGAGGGAGGUGGAUGAGCAGAUGAUGAAUGUCCAGAAUAAGAACUCCAGCUUCUUUGUGGAGUGGAUCCCGAAUAACGUGAAAACUGCUGUUUGUGACAUCCCACCUCGUGGUCUUAAAAUGUCAGCCACUUUCAUUGGCAACAGUACAGCGAUCCAAGAGCUUUUCAAGCGCAUCGGCGAACAGUUUACGGCCAUGUUUCGUAGAAAGGCAUUUUUACAUUGGUACACUGGAGAGGGUAUGGAUGAGAUGGAGUUCACGGAAGCGGAAUCCAAUAUGAAUGACCUCAUCAGUGAAUAUCAACAGUAUCAAGAAGCGACUAUCGAUGAGGAGGAGGGAGAGGUUGAGGAGUAUGACGCGGCUGAACAGUAA